AUGUCCACCGCGUCGUCCAGCACGACCACCUCGUGGCAAUGGCCUUCCUGCGCGCAGGCCAGGACCAUGUCGUUCGGCAGGACCGAUGACGGCUACGAUGGCGAGGUUUCAUCAACGCGCAAGGACUGCAAGACAAGGGUGAUAACUAACCCGGCCUACUGCAACGACGAGCGCUCCUUUUUCUCCACCAUCGACUCGUCUGCUUCUACAACGGCGCCGGUGAGCGAGGCGGACGAGUUGAUCAUCCGUGGGAUCCGGUCGUCAAGCCGCCUCUUCUUCGAGCCCGAGGCGACGAGCUCCAUCGUGAACAAACCGAGCGGCGCCCACGCGGUGGCGUUCGGCGGUGCGAGGGCGGUGGCCAUCCACUCGGCGGAUCCGUAUGGGGACUUCCGGCAGUCGAUGGAGGAGAUGGUGCUGAGCCACGGCGCCAAUGGCAUGGACGACUGGGGUUGGUUGGAGGAGAUGCUAGGGUGGUACCUCAGGGCCAACGGCAAGAAGACCCACGGACUCAUCGUCGGCGCUUUCGUCGACCUUCUUGUCGCGCUCACCUCCUCCUCCUCCUCCUCCUCCGUCAAGCAGCGCGACCAGUUCUAG